AUGGAUGUCUAUGAUGAAGAAAGAUUGAGAAAUGAAGUGAUUUACCUUCACUCUCUAUGGCAUCAAGGUCCUCCUAGACGGGCCAACCACUUUCACUCUUCUUCUUCACGGCCUCGAGGCCCUCUUGGAGCAGCACCACCGCCGCACCACCACCAGCAGUUCAAUUCUUCCAAUUAUUCCGCCUCAGCUCGCAUUCUUCAUCAUCCCUCAAAUCCCACCCAAUUUAAGAAUCGAAGAAACAAAAGAAAACGCAAUAAGAAGGACAAGCUUACUCAAUUGCUUUCUCAGAGUCCGGGUAAAGAGUGGCCUUGCAAUCCUUCUUCCGGUACUGAUCCUCCGGCGAGCAGCGGUGACUGGAAUUCGGACUGGCCGAAGGUUCAUUCAGAACCCCGCUUGCAGUCCUCUGAAGAAGAGGCCAAGCUCGCGGCGAAAAGGGCACAAUCAAAGGCCUUAAGCCUUACGAAAGAGUACCUUUCGAUUUCUUCUGAUGACGAAAACGAUGACAUGGAGGAGGAUGAUGAUGAUAAGUGUGAAGAAUACAGGUUUUUUGUUAAGCUUUUUGGGGAGAACAAAGAAUUGAAUGAAUUCUAUAACAACAAGAAUCAAAAUGGGGAGUUUGUUUGUUUAGUUUGUGGCGGGCUAGGAAAAAAGUUAGCCGGGAAGAAGUACAAAGGUUGUGUGGCCCUUGUGCAGCAUUCUAUUUCGAUUGCUAAAACUAAGAAUAGGAUUACACAUAGGGCCUAUGGCCAGGCGAUAUGUAAGGUUCUUGGUUGGGACAUUAAUAAUCUGUCCAGCAUUGUCUCUGCGAUGGCUGAGAAUCACAAAAAGCCUGCAGCCCUGGCUGAUGCUGGAACCACUGAGAAUGAGGGAGAUGCACUGGCUAAUAUUGGUGAACUAGGUAAGGAUAGUUUGGCUGCUCUUGAGAGUAGAGACUGCUUAGUUAAUUCAAGCGAUAUGGCUAUUGUUGAUGAAGUUGCUGAGGAUGGUUCUGCCGCUGUUGAGUGCAAAGAAGGUGAAGGUUCUGCAGAUGUUACUGUUCCAUGUCAGGCGGAGUUAUGUGACAAGAAGUGCAAUCCUGGGGAAAAUGUUGAUGAAGGAACUGAGAACUGUUUGAUUACCCUUGAAAGUAUGGAGGCUCCACUGCAUGCUUGCAUUGGAAGUGUAUUGCCAACAAAGGGUUCUUGCAGUGGUGGAAAUUCAGAGAUUAGCGGUGAAGCCACAUUAUUUCUGCAAAAUUCUGAGAGUAAAGAUGCAGGAGGCAAAGCGGCAGGUGAUCUUGAUGAGGCAGUUGCCAUGAUGGUGUAUCACAAACAAUGUGUUUUAGCAUCUGUAAACUUACCAUUUAGAAAGGCUUUUGCUGUCGAAACAGCACUUGAACAUCAAAAUUGGAUUAUGGAAAAUUCUGGGAGUGAAGCUGCAGAAGGCAAAACUUCAGGCGGUUCUGAUCUGACAUUGACCUUGGUGGAGGCGGAGGAUGCAACCUUGAAUCAUCAACUGAAAUGUGCACUUGGAAUGUCUAAUGGGUUAUGGAUUGACUACCAUUAUAACCAAUAUAGGAACCUUCUGUUUGUUUGUAGCAAAAUGAUGCAAGCAAGAUUCAAGAAUGCCCUUCUGGAUAACCUUGGUAGAGUUGAAAGCCAGAAAAUUGACAAGGAAGCCCCCACUGGAGAUGAAAAUAUCACGGUUAGAUGCUCGGCAAUAUCAAUUUUCACUAGUAAUGGUAGACGUUCAAAUCCAUCACCACCACCCCCACCCGGAGCUGGUGUUGCUCCUCCGCCUCACGAACCUUGUCGCCAUUUACCACCAGCAUUUCCACCACCACCACCAGAAGUGAACCCCUUUCCUCCACCAGUAAAUGAAGCAGUUGAGACACUUCAGUAUCAGCAACACCUGGAUCUACAAAAACAGCUGAUUGAGAGUCAACCGCACGCUGACUCUCAAUCAGCUGUUUUUGUAGAUCCGGGUGCUGCUGAUACUGAAGUGUCUCAACUGCUUCAUUUGCUGGUGGAGGAAAGGGGUUCACUUCUGGUGGUGGUGGUGGUGGAAAUGCUGGUGGUAAAUGGCGACAAGGUUCAUGGCGGAGGAGCAACAGUAGCUCCGAGUGGGGAUGGUGGUGGUGGUGGUGGAUUUGAACGUCUACCACUAUUAGUGAAAAUUCUAGGGAAACAGCUCAAGACCACUGAAGAAGAUCUGGUGGUCUCUGGGAAGUUGUUAUUAGCCGUAUGGCAUAAAGGGUUCUUUGAGCAGUACAUGAGAGCAGAGAGGAAUGAGUUACGCCAUUCCUUGCUCCUAACACCACAAGACAGCAUCGAAGAUGCCAUCCUCGAAACUGAAUCUCUCCUGUUGGCACAAACCAAGAUGUUUGUGUCAACCUUGCAGGAAAUUCAAGCCCUGGUUGACCUGAGGUCUAGGAUUGGUGUGGGUGUUGAACGUGGGUGGCUUUGGAACCCAGAUGUUCGCAUCUGUGGAGUUGAUCUGCCUAGUGAGGAGCUUGCCGAAAUGAUGCAGUUCAUCACUCUGAACAAGUUUCAUCUCUUUUGCUCAUACACAAAACGUGGGUCAACGAUUAAUUCUUCGAGGGAAACUGCAUUCUCAAGUACGUUGACCUGGAGAUGCUUGCCAGCUCCUAAACCAAAGCCUCGAGCCCCGCUCGAGUUUGAUUCAAUUCAAGUAGUCUUAUUAGAUCACAAGUUGAUGCAAAAUAAAUCUACUACCUUUAUUACGAACUUCUCCAGCUUUGGUGAUGCCCCAAAGAAGGAAGCAACUCCACACAUGCCCUCUCCACUACCUACCCAAACAAGAAAGCUGGCGAACCAGAAUCUCAACAAAAAGAAGAUGAUCAUUGAGGAAAUAACCACAGAACCAAAAUCAGAGGUUGAAAUUGUGUCAAAAAAUUGUUGCAGAAGAAGAAGACAACAAUAUACUGCAUUAGGAUUCUUUGUAAAUCCAAAGCACAAUCUCAACCCAGGUUUCAUUAAUCCACGGCCAGAGCCUCCUUUCUUCAUAUAUACAUCGAAUAAAGGAAAGAAGCUUGCCGAGGGAACUUGGGGUAAUCUCAGGAAAACCUUAAGCUUCUUGGCCAAUCACCAAUUCGAAAUCGUAGCUUCUUCCAAUGGUUUCCUCCUGUGCCGCAGAAACAAUCCCACAAUGCAGUACAUGGAUGAUCAAUGCCUCAUUUGCAAUCCAGCCACGGGUCAAUUCCGGUACAUCCCCAAUCCCCGGGCUGAUUGCUACUCUGCCCCGAUCAUCCUCCUUUCAGAAGAAUCCAAUGCUUCAUCAUCAUUAUCCUUGGAUGAUGUUCAUCAUCAAGUUUUUCUAGUAUCCCAGGCACAAAAUCCCAUGCCAUGUUUAGUUGUUGAAUAUUUUUGCUCAUCUGUGAACAAAUGGAAACAGGGUACCCUGUUUGUGGAUUCCAGGUUUCCCUGGAACCUGGAAAAACACGUCCCGCCUUUCACGAUCCAGGGAGUAAUCUUCUGGACUGCCACAUUCCACAGUCCCUACGGUUAUGACACCGCUUUGUUGGCUUAUGAUUGCAAUGCAAAGCUGCCUAAGCGCGCAAUAGUCAUUCCUGCGCCGCCUCGGCAAAAUCAUGUAGAAAAUCAGGCUGGCUUCUUUGGUCAGGCUGAGGGCAAACUGCAUUGUGCUAGAAGGGAUUUGGAUGAUUUCGAGAUAUGGGUUCUGGAAGAUUACAAGAGGAGAGAUUGUUGGAUGAUGAAACAUCGGGUGAGGUUGAGUUUUCCAGGAGGUAUCAUGGAAUGGCUUGGGAUUGAGGUUGAUUGGAGGAGUGGAAUGUGGUUGGGGCCUGAGGUUUUGAGUUUUUACCCUGAGAAUUCUGGAUUGGUUUUCAUGAAAUUGGGGGUCAAGACGUUUUGCUAUGAUUUUGUAAGCAGGCAAAUAAGAGGACGAGUUUAUAGCUUCGGGCCUUUGAAUCAGUUCUUCUUGUACCAAUGGCCGAGCCAUAUAGUUGAAUUUUGA